AUGAAUGAUACAAUUGAAUUUGAGAGCUCUCUCAAUGAAGUUACUCCCCAAGAAAAAAGAUAUCGUCACUUAUUUGUAGGAAUUGAACUUAACAUUCUUGACUGA